AUGUUGAUUAUAUUCUGCACACUACUCAGUACACACUGGGUGGUGAGGAAGAGCCCAUGGAUAAGAUAUUAUGAAACUGUAUGAUAGAACAUCAUGCUACGGUUGUCUGGUUCUGUGAUGCUGCUUCUUACAAACUGGCUGUGACAGCUUCUAGGCUAUCCUCCUGUGCAAUUUUAUCACAACACAGUGGCAACAUUUCAGUAUUUUGAUUCAUUAGUUCAGUGUUUUGUUUGUAAGAAGCACUAGUUCUUCGUGCUGGAAAAGACACAGCAAACAAACAUUAUUCAUAUCAAGUCACAGGGGAGUUCUGAAAACUGCUGCUUACAGGACCAUAUACAGUUUAACCCACACCCAAGGCAGACAUGUAUUGUCAUACUUUUGCAAGUAUUCCAGCAGACGGACACCAUCACGGCCAUGGGGGUCAUCAUGGGGGUCAUCAUGGGUCUUCUCACAGUACUGGCGGAGACCAUCAUUCCCAUGGACACCAUUCACAUUCUCACCAUCAUGGUGAUAGCCACCACUCACCUCGCUCCCACGGGACAAAAUUACAAGAUAAAGUCAAUGGGACGGUGGUCAAAGUACGUGGUGACAAUCAUAAGAAAAAGGGCGACAAAAAAAGCAAGAAAAAAGUCAAUCGUGUACCUGUGAAUGCAGAUCUGGAUGGAAAUGUCAGUUGUUUUGGGUGCUUUCCAAGCAGAAAAGGUCACCUGGGAGCACUGGACAGUAUGCCUGAGGACAUCAGUCCUACAGCCAAGUCCAUGAUAGAACACAGGCAGAUGAUGUCUGAGAUGAGAACUCAAAAUUAUGAUGUCAUCAGAUUUGCCACUUACAGAACAGCAUGUAAACUUCGCUUCAUCCAGAAGAAAACAAACUUGGGGCUAGUGGACCUGUGGAAUAUGAUCGAGGCAUUCCGAGAGAGUGGCCUCCACACACUAGACCAUGGCAUGGAAGUGAACAUCUCUAAACUACAGUCAUUGCUGACAACUAUAUAUUCCCAUUUGAACAAGAGGCUACCUCCCAACCAGCAGAUUAAUGUAGACAAAAGCAUUAAUUUAACCCUCAGCUGGUUGCUGAGUGCUUGUGAAAAAAAAAGCAAAGGCAAAAUGAGAGUGUUUUUCAUCAAAGUCAGCCUCACCACUAUGUGUGCUGGAAAACUGAUGGACAAACUAAGGUAUAUGUUCACCCAGGUGUCAGACUCAAGUGGAUCAUUGGUGAAAAGCAAGUUUGAAGAUUACCUGAAGGCCAUUCUGUCCCUGCCAGGGUCUAUAUAUGAGGGGCCCUCAUUCCACUACACUGACACAGCAGCCAGGGCUUGCUUUAAUGGGAAGAACAAAGUGACCCUGAAUGACUUCCUGGACACUCUGAUGGCAGACCCAGGUCCUCAGUGUUUGAUGUGGUUACCCAUACUGCACAGGAUGGCUGCUGUGGAGAAUGUUUUUCACCCAAUCCAGUGCGAGGGCUGCAACCGAGAUUCGUUCAUGGGAUUCCGCUACAAGUGCCAGCGCUGUUAUAACUACCAUUUGUGCCAAGACUGCUUCUGGAGGGGGAGGACAUCCGGAAACCAUAACAAUGACCAUGAAAUGAAAGAAUACUCUUCUUAUGGAUAUGCAGAGAAAUCACCAGCCAAACAAAUUGGUCAUUCACUUCGCAAGUCAUUCCGCUGUGUUCCUGCAAAAGCAACAAAUAACAAGAUUCCAGUAUUUCCUGAGACGCCAGAGAAGACAUUAGACCUUUCCCAUAUUGUUCCGCCCACGCCCACUCCAGUCCACAAUGGGUUCCCAGAGACAGCUCUGAGCCAGCAGUCCAUUGAUGUCUCUGAGAACAGCUCUGUCAACAAGAGUCCCAGUCGCCUAGCUUCAUCUAGUGUUGAUGCCAGUCGUAUUGACGAUGAACAUCGUUUGAUAGCACGCUAUGCGGCAAGACUUGCUGCAGAUGCCAGUAAUGCUCCAUCGAGUAGCAGUAGUAAUGCGUCCCAAAAUAUCACCCAGAUCUUACAACAGCUUCAAGAUGCACGGAGUCCAGUGGAACUGAACUACAGCAUGGAGUCCAGCAAGGUGCAGAGAGACAUGAUUGCCCAGCUGGAGGCCAAAAACAGGGAGAUCAUGAGGGAGAUCCAGAAACUGAAGGUGGAGCAAGAGGCUGCUGGCAGGGCUAGCAGCGAGGCACAGGCCAACCCCACCUUACUGGCUGAGCUGAGGUUGUUACGACAGCGCAAGGACGAGCUAGAGGGACGCAUGUCUGCUUUACAAGAGAGCCGGAGAGAGCUCAUGGUGCAAUUAGAAAGCCUGAUGAAGUUAUUAAAGAAUCAUGGUUCCCCUCGUUCCACUCCGGGAAGCAGCCCCAAGGCCAGAACCUACUCUCCAGUAGCAGUGAAGACCAGUUCUCCCAGCACCCCUGGGGACUCAUUGACUGGCGUGGGUGGGGACGUGAGGCAGGCCUUCAGUACCACGCACCAUGCCGUGCCAAGUAAUGCCAGAAAUCUACGGAAUGACCUGCUGGUAGCCGCAGACUCGGUCACCAAUGCCAUGUCAUCCCUUGUGAAAGAAUUGAACUCAGAGGCCUCCAGUGACAGUGAAGACGAGGAUAAUAUUGACAAUCAUAGAAAGUGCAGUAGAGGAUUUGAGACAGGAGAGAGUUCUGCCAUGGAGAGUUCUGAUGAAAUUAUGGGAUGGCAGGAAGAUGUUCAGAGGAGACUGGGAGAGGAAGCUGCCUUCAUUGAGCAAAUUCGAGCCAGAAAAGAAAAACCAUUAAAUCGCGGUCUUGGUGACAUAGAGAAUGAUCACUAUAUUCCAACAGAUGAUGGGGAGUCAUACGUGAGGACUGAUGAUGAAAGUGUGGGUCUUAACACAGAUGACGGAGAGUCUUAUAUAAGGACAGAUGAUGAGAGUAAUGUCAAUACGGAAAAUGAAGAUGCAGAACUGUAUGACCAAGAUCCAAAAGAGCUAUUCCCCAGGUACCAAAGUGAAGAUGAAAGUUAUAUGCACAGCGAUGCAGAGUCGUAUAUCAGGACGGAUGACGAGGAGGGUGGUAAUGCAGAGUGGGAAGAAGCCAUGAAAAGAUGGGUCAAUAGAUAGUAGCAAGACCACUGAACUGAUUUACAGAAUGAAUGAUGAAUGGGUCCAGAUUGGUGGAAUAAAUCAUGAAUUAAAACUAUCACCACAUACAGCAGACAAGAUCAGUCAUUUAUCAGGAUAUGAAAGACUGAUACAAAUUCAAAUUAACAAGAGUCAACACAUUUAUCAUGAACAUGUUAAAGAAGUAUCUAUACUUCAAAAUAGAACUUGAUUGAAGAGUAAUUACCCAGAUAAUUAUUAUAAAAAGCUGUUAUCUUGUCAUACACAAAAUUGACAUUGUAAGAUAUGCAAAGCGUGAUAGAUGUUCCUCAUUUUGUGACAAGACCUGUAGUGUGCCAAAGGCUUACAAAAAGUAGAUAUUUGUUUAGGUAUGAUUUGUUUACAAUAAUGCAAUGUAAUUGAUUUAUUUUUAAAGAGAAUUGGAUUGGUACACAGAUAGUCAAGGAUACUGUCCAAACCUAACUGCAAGAUGUGUAAAUAUCUCUGGAUAUCGUAUUUAAUGUGUGCCUUCUGAUUUACUUUCUGGAACCAGAAUGCUGAACACACUGAACUUCAUCCCUUUUUC